AUGCCUUCAACGAUUUUCGAUACGCAGUACAUCCCCUUCAGCUUUCGAACCGUACACGAGUACCAGCGGGAUGCAAGCAAUGCCUGCGAACCAAACACCCAGCACUUGGCAUUUCGUCUUGCAGAUGUGUUUCUCAGAACUUGGGAUCUAGGAUUUACUGCUUUUGGCGGACCCCCUGUGCAUUUCCAAAUCUUGCAUCAACGAUUUGUGGGAAGCAGAGGCGCUUAUGCUGCAUGGGUGGACGAGCAAACUUAUCGUGAACUCUUCGCUCUUACGCAAGCAUUACCUGGACCAGGAAGUACGAAAAUGCUCUUCACCCUGGUUGCGUAUCAUGCCGGUCUUAUGUGUGCUAUCUUUGCGUUUCUGGUUUGGAGUCUUCCUGGAGCUGUCGGUAUGUUCCUGCUUUCGAUUGGUGUUGGCAAGAUCAAAGACGUACUGCCGGGCCCUGUGUAUGGCCUUCUAUCUGGCUUGAACGCGUCGACAGUCGGAAUAAUUGCUCUAGCUGCUGUACAGCUUGCUACCAAAGCCAUCAUUGACCCUCUUUCUCGCAUCUUGGUCAUAUUCGGUGCAUGUGCUGGGCUUUGCUACACGGCAUUGUGGUACUUUCCCGCUUUGGUAGGUAUCGGUGGUGCUGUGGCAGUAGUCUGGGAUCUUUACCUUAGCCGCGCGAUUGGUAGACUUCGUGCCAAACGGCAGCAAAAGCGUAUCAACCAACAGCGCGCGGUGGAAGAAAGCGACCCAAUCAUCACAACAAGCAUCCCACUUCAGAACAUGUCUUUAACACAAGCAUCAUCAUCUCAACGACGAGUCACGAACCAAGAGCAGCCCUCUAAACAGUUAAUCACGAAUGCCGAAGCUGCCGAGCGUGUCGCGGAAGAUACACCAGAAACACAAGCUCACGCCUACACUUUGUCUAUAUGGCAAAGUAUCUCAAUCAUCUUCUUAUUCUUCGCCUCCUUCGCCGCAGUCCUCGCUGCACGUGGUGCUUUAGCGGCCCCACCUUUAAUCCUUGAUCUUUUUGCAAACAUGUACCUAGCAGGCACCAUCAUCUUUGGUGGCGGUCCUGUCGUCAUCCCUCUGCUCAGAGAGUACACUGUACAACCCGGUUGGGUCUCUUCUCGCGACUUCCUCAUCGGUCUAGCCAUCAUCCAAGCAUUUCCCGGUCCUAAUUUCAACUUCGCUGUCUACCUCGGUGCCCUGGCUGUCUCUUCACAUACGCAAGGGCUAGCCGGUGCAAUACUGGGCUUCAUCGGUAUAUUCCUUCCCGGCCUUGCUCUCAGCACAGCCGUAUCAGGUAUCUGGCAGAUUGUGCGCACAAAAGCUUUCGUUGUAAGCGUGCUUAGAGGCAUCAAUGCUACAGCAGUCGGUUUGGUCUUUACUGCUGUGUACCGGCUUUGGGAGAUUGGAUAUUUGACUCCAGAUUCGGGCAGAGGCAAGUCUUUGGCUAAUGACCCUUGGUGGGUUGUUGUCGCUGCUGUUGCAUAUUCUGGCGCUGCUUGGUUCAAGGUACCUCCAGCACUGGCAAUUCUUGCAGGCGCUGUGCUCGGAUUGUGCUGGUAUGGUGCAGUCGGGAAGCAGGUCUUGGGACUAUGA